AGUUUUAUGAUUUAGAAUUGAUAUAUCCUUAUUGAGAUUUAAAAUCGAUUAUAUUCUUAUUAAAAAGGUCCUAUAUAUAUUCUUGCCUUCUAAAAAAUUUUGCAUAUAUAUUUUCAUCGUUUGACAAAUAGUAUAACUUUCUUUUUUCCGUUAAUAGAUUAAAUUAAUUUUAUUUUUGUAAAACUAGCUAAUUUUUAAAUUCCAAAAAUAUCACACGACUUAAAAAUGUUACCUCAUCCAUUUUUACUCAACUUAAUCCGUCCCAAUUGAAAAGAAACAACAAUUUUUUCAAACUUACAGGACCAAGUAAAAAUUUAUUUUUCUUUUGUAUAACUUAAAUAAAUCUUAAAUCUCAUAGUGUAAAGAUCUAAAUACAUGCACCUUCGAAUGAUUGUUUUAAGCCAAUGCACCCUAAUUCACUGUUUUUAUUAUAAUUUUUGGAUUCAAAGAGCUUAUUAGAUCCAAAUUGUAAGAUAGGAAAUUUGAAGAACUCAUGACUAUUCCAUAUAACAAAUGCUAAGAAAAUGAAAGAAAGACUUAGAAAGAACAAGAGAGCUUUCAAGAAAGUUUUUGUAUUAAGUUUGGAAGAUUUGCUCUUUGUUGAAUUGUUUGUUUCAAGCUUGGAUGAUUUGUGUCCAUCUAUUUAUACUACAAUCUAGGAUCUAAAGUGUAAAUAAUAUUUAUUUUAUAAGUUCUCCUAGUAAUUACACUUUAGUCCCUCUCUAAACUUUCUACAUGUUAUACGAUAUUCCAAAGCUCUCUAAGAUAUUUUCUAAGUUAUGCUAUGGCCUUUCAAGGAAAGACCUACAGAAUUCUAGAGUCUUCUUGGAAUAUCUAGGGACUUUUAGAGUUUUCUAUAAACUUAUUCCGUCUCUAUAACUCUAGACUCUUUCGCCCCUAUCCUAAUAAUACUGAUACACUGACACUUGUCAAAUUCAAAAUUCGCAUUUAAUAGUUUAGAUAGUAUAUAGAACUCGAAUAAAAGGAUAUUUAUAAAAUCAAUUGAAUAUCCAUGUCUUAAAGCACGUGUAAUCACGUGAGUAUGAUGUUAGUUAAGUUGGUUAUUCAAGAAUAAUUAGUGUGAUGACACCAAAGCCCACUCUUUGCCCUCCCAAUUUUUUCUUAUCAUUUCCUCCAAAAAAAACAACAACUAAUUCUUCUUAAUCUUUUCGAUUCUUCCAUAAAUGAUAAAAUUUAUGAACCCUAAAAAAAAAUUUAGAAGUUGAAGAAGGAUCAAGAAAGAACAAUAGAAUCCAAGAUUUCACUAAUUACUAGAGAAGCUUUUUGUUGGGAGGUUUAUAGAUUCAGCUUGGGGGAAAUGGUUGGAAGGAAUAGUCGAGACCGCCCCGGCAAUAUAUAAGGAGGGUAUUCACAACAAACUCUUGCUAGUAUUAGGUGAUUUUUAGCUUUAAUCCAGUCAUGAGCCCUAAAUAUGGAAGUGGAAACCGUAAUCAUUCUCGAACAGAUGCAGUGGUAACCAAAAGUGAAACUGAGUCCAAUUCACCAGUAGCCUCUCUCCGGGAUUCUAACCAGGAGAGUAAAAGUAGAAAAAGUUCGGAUUCUAUCUUAAAUGAUAGUGUUUCAGGGUCAAGUAAAAGUUCAGAACUUUCCUAUUCCACGUUUUCAUCCUCGUCCGGUUAUUCCUCUGAUGAUUUCAUACUAAUGAAUCCAAAAAUAGCAUCCAACUCUAUUUCAUCAAAUGUAACAUCCAAACCUUUAUCUCGAGUGGACUACAAUCAUUUGAAACUGAAUACAUCAACAAGCUCCACCUCACAGGUUUCAGACGUCACUGAUGAAUCGUUAUUGCCAACCGUGUCAAUUACAAGAUCUCCUUUUAUCCAAGUGAUGGACAGACAAGGAGGUUAUGAUCCCAACAGAGUUCCCUCUUCCAUUUUCGAAAGUAAAUCCUCAACACCUAACGAAUGGAGUGCUGUCUCUGAAGAGUCAUUAUUUAGUAUCAACGUCAGUCUUUCGAGGAAGUCAGCAGAACUACGCAUGUGUGUGGAAUCGGAAACAUGUGAAGAAAUUAGUAAGUCUGGGAAGCUAAUCAGUAGACACUCAUCGCCUGUAAAAGGAGGAGAACGUACGGAAAAGAGUUCUGUAUUUGAUACAGAAAGGGGCGUGAUUGAUCGAAGCAACCUUAUUGAAGCAGGAAAUCAACAUAAAUCAAUUAAGAAACAAUCACAUUUUGAAGAGGAAAUAAAGUUAAGAGGGAACAGAGAUUAUUCAUCUGCCAUUAGCCAUUCCGAAGGGAACGGAGGGUUUAAAGACUCCUAUAACCAUUGCAAUGGUAAUGAUACGUCUUUACCUUUUCCAACAGAUAGGAAGUCCACCGAACCUCUUUUCUAUCCUGCUUAUUACAAAAAAAAGAAGUCCAGAUGGUCGUCAUGCUUCUCUUCCUGUUUUAGCUGCGGACCGUGUUGCUCUGGAUGUCCAAGCUGUUCCUGUAAGUGCUCAAGUUGCUUCUCUUGUAAAUGGCCAAGCUUGAAAUGUUGUUCUUGUAAGUGGCCAACCUGGAAGUGUUGUUCUUGUAAGUGGCCAAGCUGGAAAUGUUGUUCUUGUAAGUGGCCAAGCUGGAAAUGUUGUUCUUGUAAGUGGUCAAGUUGGACAUGUUGUUCUUGUAAGUGGUUAAGUUGCUCUUGUUAUUGCCGUAAGUGGUCGAGAAAACAGAGUUGCUGCUGUAAAUGAUCAAGCUACUACUUUUAUUGUCCAACCUAGCCUAGUGACGGAGUCAGAAUUUUUGUUAAGGGGGUUCAUCGUCUAUAUAUACAUAAAAAAAGAUUUUGACCUUGUAUAUACGGUGUGAUUUUUUCGGCCAAAGGGGUUCAUUCUGUGGCCAGAAUGCACUUAAAGUGUUCAAUGUCACCAACAAGCUGCUGCGAGACAUGUCAAACCUGACCUAGUUGCUGCUGUAGCUCCUCAUUUUAGCAAAGCUGAGAGUGCCAGUGUUUCUGAGCAUUUGGCUGCUGCUGGUGUCAAUGUAAAUGGAAAGAACAUACUUAUUGUUAUUCAAAAUCUUAUUCUGACUGUAUUCAUCUCCUAGAAUCAUGAGAGGGAUAGAAGCGAACGAUGAUUGUUGGUUCAUGCACUGACAGAGUCAGGAUUUUCACUAAGGGGAUUCAACAUAUAAAAAGGUAGACACACGAAGAAGUGAAGGGAAUUCAAAUGAGUAUGUAUAGUAAAAAAUAGUUUUGACCUUGUAUAUACAAUGUAAUGUUUGUGGUAUAAAUGAUUCGAAUAAACUCCUUGCGCCCCUCUA